GAUUCUCUCUAGAGAACAAGCACCCACUUCUCCUGAUGACCAAAUUGAUAUGUGGGAGUUCAUGGAAAAGUCUCAGACAGCGUCAGCGUGUGACAUAAUGAGUCAGCUUGUAGGCGGCCUCUCCUCCACGUCAAAGACCCCACCAGUUUGUCUGAAGUGAAAACAGACUGCUGGCCGGUCCUCAAGUUUCACUACACGUUUGGAUGUUACACUCAUACUCACAAGCCCAGAGAUGAGCUCCGUCUUUGAACUGAAAGCAUUGAUUUUCAUGAAGCGGAUUUGAGAGAGGCUCUUUCUCCAUAUGAGGAAGAAAAUCUUGCAAGCUACUUGGUUCCUCUUGAGUUUGUUAUUGAGUUUGAAACUCUCCUGUGGAAAAUUUGGAGCACCAAUUACUGAUGAUGUGAACAAGCUGUCAGUUUUGAAGCAGAAUAUUCCCUCUGAUUAUGAGAUUCCGGUUAGUUACAUUCCCAAAGAAGUGGCCGGCACGUGCUGGGUGGUGUUAAAUAUCUACCCUUUGGAGCAAAGUCUUCGAAAGUUAAGCACCAUGUUUGGUGCCAUCUCCUCCAACAAGGACACCAUAACAGUCUUUAUUGCAAUGCUCAAGAGUUUACGUUUCACCUUUGAUCAUGAGGAGCUGGAAACUGUGAUGCAGGUCUUCCAGUGUCACUAUCAGGAACAGAGUUUACAGUCAAGUCUUUACUUUGACCACAUCAGAGAUGUUUUACGUGCUGCAGCUCAAGGAUCAUCAGGCUUCUCAUGUAAACCACCACCAUGCCGUAAUCAUCAACAGGGUCAGGAAAAGAGUCGUGGACACAGCUGGCUCAUGAGAAGUCCCCUGCUUUUGGUGCUCAUCCCUUUCACAACCUGUGUAGUUCUCAUAGUGUGGCAGGUCAAGUGCAGGAGGAGAUUACCAGCUGCCAACACUGCAAAUGGCCAAAUGGUAACUCCAGACAUGAUCCCAACUCUGUCUGUCUCUAUUCCACUUGAAACACUCACCCACGCCGCUGACACUCAGCCAAACGGGGGAGGAGAUCGCUGAACACGAAAGAGGAUGGAACACGAUUAAAGCAGGGGAAAAACAGACAGCAGGAUAACAACUCACAUUCCAGGUUGUUCUGUCGUUGGAAGAGCUCAGACGGAUGGCUGAGGCUGGAUGGGCACUACCCUGCUUUCACUCAUCCAUGCACCAGAGAUAAUGGAUGUGAGAAAACUGAGCUGCUGCGAAGACCGGUGGUCAAAAGCAAAUUCCCCUGACUCUUCAGAGGAAGCAAGAGCUUAAUAGAUGGCCAUCUGCCAAAAUAUUCUGUGAAGCAAACAUAUUAUUUUAUCUUUGCAAGUGAAUAGAGGAAUUUGGCAUAUUUUGUUUUGUAGUUUGGUCAUAUAUUAUGAAACAUUACCGGAGCCUGAAUGUUUGCAGAGCCUUUUAUUUAUUUGACUGGAAGUGCUGAUAAUGCAAGGAGUCAACACACUGAAUUACAUCCUGCCUAGUUCUGACUUUGACUGAAAUGCAUAAUUAGCUUGUGGGGGGAAAAAAAACAUUAACCUUGCUGUCUGCCCCUAUACCAUUGAAAGGACUGGUGCAGCUUAUCUGAGGCUUCUUUUUUGGACGUCAUUUUGAUCUGUGAUCUGUCAUAAAGCAGACCUAUCAGUCCCAAACAACAAGUGUCCCACUUUGUGAAUCAAAGAUUUGACCAGAUGGCAGAUUGCCAUCGCCAGAGGCUUUUUGAAUCCAGCCAUUGUAGUUCAAAGUUGUUGCCCAGUGAUCUAUUGAUGCUCCCCAGCCCCAGUGAGUGUGUUAGAGUUUGUAAUGCCUCAUUCCCAGAGUCAAUCACGUUCAGUCAUGAGAACAUGACUCCCUGAUUGUGUGCGCCCUUGUACUGUAUGUGUCAGAGCCAUGGAGCAACAGAUAGGGUUGUCACAACGAGGGAAAGUAAGGGAGACUGGGACAGAGACAUGGAUGGACGGAUGAACUCAGUAAGAAGCAUAAGGGGCGUUUGUUCUCGUCACAAUGGAGGAGGCCGUAGGCAGGAGGAAAUGCCAGUUACAAACACGACCGAUCUCAACAGAUGUCAAUGAAUCAGCGGGCUAAGAAUUUCUCCAGACCGCAGGCUAUGAGCCUUCUCUACAGUGUGGUCAGGAUUUCACUAAUAAUUUUUCAUAUUCUGAUUAUUUAUUUCCAAAAUACUUGUAUUAAAAGGUUUACCAUGUCAGAAAAUGUGCUGAAACUCUAUUACAAAAUGCUGUCCUGUGAAUGUAGAGUUUGAAUGACAGAUUUCAGAUUUCUAUUAUUGAAGCAUCUAAGUUAUUUUGUCCCAGAAGGAAACGUUUACAGUUAAUAUACUGACAUGUAUUGUUAAUGACUAGCAUAUUUACAACAUGAAUGUACAGAGCCUAAAAAAAUACACAAUGAUAACAUAAUAAGUUUCAAUUGAUUUCUGCACUUAAAUCUUUUAAGAAUACUGGUCUCCUUCUUGUAAACAAUGUUUGAUAAAAUGAAUUUCUUUGGCUGAAAAUUUUGUUUUGUUAUUAUUUGUUUUGUCAGAGUUUCGUUUACUCUUUGUCAGCAUUGUAAACUUUGUUUUAAGAAACAUAAGAGAUAAAUUCCUGCCAUCAUGUCAAUAAACACCUAAAUCAUUUAAAA